UCUAGAGGUAACUUUUAUCGACGAAACUUCUACUCUCUGCAACUACCACCGCCGCCGCCUACGCCACCGCCGGCGAUGACGUCACUGUACUCCUCCACCUUUCUCCCUACCAAUCCCUUACACACAACCCUAACUCGACCGGCAACAAAACUCUACGCAAAAUCGCUACAACCACCGGCACGAAUCCAAUCGGUUCUACAAUACAACCGGAAGCCGGAACUCUCCGGCGAGACACCGAGAGUCGUUGUUAUCACCUCCGGCAAAGGCGGCGUCGGAAAAACUACCACAACCGCCAACGUAGGCCUCUCGCUAGCCAGAUUAGGGUUCUCCGUCGUCGCAAUCGACGCUGACGUCGGCUUACGUAACCUCGACCUCCUUCUCGGCCUCGAAAACCGCGUCAAUUACACCGUCGUAGAGGUUCUCAAUGGUGAUUGUCGUCUAGAUCAAGCCCUAGUUCGUGAUAAACGCUGGUCAAACUUUGAAUUGUUGUGUAUUUCAAAACCUAGGUCGAAAUUACCCCUAGGGUUUGGUGGAAAAGCGUUAGUGUGGCUUGUGGAUGCGUUAAAGGACCGGCAGGAAGGCUGCCCAGACUUUAUAUUAAUCGAUUGUCCGGCUGGAAUAGAUGCCGGAUUUAUAACAGCGAUUACGCCGGCUAACGAGGCGGUUUUGGUUACGACACCGGAUAUUACGGCGUUGCGCGAUGCGGAUAGGGUUACUGGUUUGUUGGAGUGUGAUGGAAUUAGGGAUAUUAAGAUGAUUGUGAAUCGAGUUCGGACGGAUUUGAUUAGAGGGGAGGAUAUGAUGUCGGUUCUUGAUGUUCAAGAGAUGUUGGGAUUGGCGUUGUUGGGAGUGAUUCCGGAGGAUUCGGAGGUGAUUAGGAGUACGAAUAGAGGGUUUCCGCUUGUUUUGAAUAAGCCUCCGACUUUAGCAGGGUUGGCGUUUGAGCAAGCGGCUUGGAGGUUGGUUGAGCAGGAUAGCAUGAAGGCGGUGAUGGUGGAGGAAGAGCCGAAAAAGAAGGGGUUUUUCUCGUUUUUCGGAGGUUAAUGAUUGAGUUCUUUGACGUUUGAAUUGUGUCUGCUAUAUGUCAGUUGAAGUGUUUUGUGUACAGUGAGCUGGUAAGGUUUGUUUUUCUUCGAUGCGCAAUUGUUCUAUGAUUGAUUAAUAGUUUAAUUCGGUUUCUAGGAAGAGAAUUAGAAUUCUAGGCUCUUUUUAUGUGAUCAAAUGUAUUUCUUUGUUGCAGUAAUGAACUUUUACUCAAAAACCGUUUUGUUGUUUGAAUAGAAGUAGACAGGUUCAUCUGGUU